ACAUCUACAUUCUCUUCAGCAUCACUAUCCAUUAAUUUUCUUACAGAAAAUGUCACUCGAAAGUCCAACACCCUCUUGUUCUAAAUCACUUAAAGAAGAAUCUCAAACACCUGCUGAUGACAAUGAUGAUGAUGGCAAUUCGGAAUUGUAUAUUAAAAAUGAUAAAGCAGAAAUAGAACUUUUAGAAUCAACCGACACUAAAACUAAAGACAAAGAUGAAAAACCGGAAGUAGCUCAAGAUGACGAACGUAUUGCUAAAAUAAAGUUCUAUUGCAGUUGCUGUGAUAUGGAGGAAAUGGCACAUUAUUUUGGUUUGGAGCCGAGCUUUGUAUUUGGCAUAAAAUUCAAUGAGCCAACCUACAUAAUGAGAGAUCCAUUUCAAGCACCUCCGCCCAGAUGGAAAGCCAAAGCAGAAUAUUUUGUGGCCUUAGGAGCCCAUUGUAAAAUAUGCGAGAACGUAGUAUGUAAGGAUAGUGAGUGUAGUUUCUUUUAUAUAAACUCCUAUUGUUUAAAUUGUGUUAAAAAAGUAGCAAGCACAUUUCCCUUGGACAUACAACAGAAAUUAAGAAAACAAAUGGCCAUGAAUUAAAUGUUAAUUUACUAACAACUGCAUGCUUUGUAAAAAAUAGUUUUUAUUCAAGAUUUUUUUCUUAAAACUUAAGUUUAUCUUUAUUAUAAAAAAACAAUUUAAUUUGUCUAAAUAUAGUAUGAUACAUACUUACCAUUUUCAAAUAACAUGGUCAACUAAAACAUUA